GAGCAGGUUUGCAGAAAAACUGGUGGCCUGAAAUUCAAGACUAAGGCAUCGGUGCUUGGCUCUGGCUGAGAACAUGGCCAAUGGCAUUGACGAGCUCAUCGGCAUUCCCUUCCCCAACCACAGCAGCGAGGUCCUGUGCAGCCUCAAUGAGCAGCGCCACGAUGGCCUGCUCUGCGACGUGCUCCUGGUGGUGCAGGAGCAGGAGUACCGGACUCACCGCUCCGUCCUGGCCGCCUGCAGCAAGUACUUCAAGAAGCUCUUCACGGCCGGCACCCUAGCCAGCCAGCCCUACGUCUACGAGAUUGACUUCGUGCAGCCCGAGGCUCUGGCCGCCAUCCUGGAGUUCGCCUACACCUCCACACUCACCAUCACCGCCUCCAACGUCAAGCACAUCCUCAACGCCGCCAGGAUGCUGGAGAUCCAGUGCAUCGUGAACGUGUGCCUGGAGAUCAUGGAGCCUGGGGGGGACGGGGGGGAGGAGGACGACAAGGAGGAUGAUGAGGACGACGAAGAUGAUGACGAUGAGGAGGAUGAGGAGGAGGAGGAGGAGGAGGAAGAGGAUGAUGAUGAUGACACGGAGGAUUUUGCUGACCAAGAAAACUUGCCUGACCCCCAGGACAUCAACUGCCACCAAAGCCCUUCCAAGACGGACCAUCUCACAGAGGAGGCCUAUUCAGACACACCCAGGGACUUCCCUGAUUCCUUCCAGGCUGGCAGUCCCAGCCAUCUGGGGGUGAUCCGGGACUUCUCCAUCGAAUCUCUGCUGAGGGAGAACCUGUACCCCAAAGCCAACAUCCCUGACAGGAGACCCUCCUUGUCUCCAUUUACCCCAGACUUCUUCCCACACCUCUGGCCAGGGGACUUUGGUGCCUUUGCCCAGCUGCCCGAGCAGCCCAUGGACAAUGGGCCCCUGGACCUGGUCAUCAAGAACCGGAAGAUCAAGGAGGAGGAGAAGGAGGAGCUGCCCCCACCCCCGCCGCCGCCCUUCCCCAAUGACUUCUUCAAGGACAUGUUCCCUGACCUGCCUGGGGGGCCGCUGGGCCCCAUCAAGGCAGAGAACGACUACGGUGCCUAUCUCAACUUUCUGAGUGCCACCCACCUGGGGGGCCUCUUCCCACCCUGGCCACUGGUCGAGGAGCGCAAGCUGAAGCCUAAGGCCUCUCAGCAGUGCCCGAUCUGCCACAAAGUCAUCAUGGGGGCCGGGAAGCUGCCACGGCACAUGAGGACCCACACCGGGGAGAAGCCAUACAUGUGCAACAUCUGCGAGGUCCGCUUCACCAGGCAGGACAAGCUGAAGAUCCACAUGCGGAAGCACACAGGGGAGCGGCCCUACCUGUGCAUUCACUGCAACGCCAAGUUCGUGCACAACUACGACCUCAAGAACCACAUGCGCAUCCACACGGGCGUGCGGCCCUACCAGUGCGAGUUCUGCUACAAGAGCUUCACGCGCUCUGACCACCUGCACCGCCACAUCAAGCGCCAGAGCUGUCGCAUGGCGCGGCCCCGGCGCGGCCGCAAACCCGCUGCCUGGAGGGCCGCCAGCCUCCUCUUCGGGCCCAGCGGCCCGGCCCCCGAGAAGGCGGCCUUCGUGAUGCCACCGGCGCUGGGCGAGGUGGGCGGCCACCUGGGCGGCGCCGCCGUGUGCCUCCCGGGCCCCAGCCCCGCCAAGCACUUCCUGGCGGCGCCCAAGGGCGCCCUGAGCCUGCAGGAGCUCGAGCGGCAGUUCCAGGAGACGCAGAUGAAGCUGUUCGGGCGUGCCCAGCUGGAGGCCGAGCGGAACGCGGGGGGCCUCCUGGCCUUGGCGCUGGCCGAGAACGUGGCCGCCGCACGCCCCUACUUCCCACUGCCCGACCCCUGGGCCGCGGGCCUGGCCGGCCUCCCGGGGCUGGCGGGCCUCAACCACGUGGCCUCCAUGUCUGAAGCCAACAAUUAG